AUGACAGAAUCCUUUGUACCAUCAUUAGAACAAAUAAAAGAAAUUCAAUCUUCAGGAAUUCCAGAAACCACAAAAAAAAAUACUACUUUCUGGGUAAACGUUUUACAUAAAUAUAGAUCAAAUCAUGAAUUUACAACUCCAAUAGAAGAAAUUCAAAACAAAGAUCAACUUGAAAAAGAACUUUGCCAGUUUGUAGUUGGUGUUCGUAAACAAGAUGGAUCUGAAUAUAUAAGUUGGAAAAAUGCGAUGGCUGCAUUAGAUAGACAUUUAAAAGAAAAUAGUGUUAUAGGUAGGGAUAUUGCUUUAACAGGUGAACAAUGUAAACAUAAGUUCCCACAAUUAUACAAAACUGUUGAAGGUAAAUUAAGAGAUAUGAAGAGAAAAGGCUUGAUUAAAAAAAAUUCUGCUGAAUCAUUAUCAACUGAUGAAAUCAAACAAAUACUUAAUCAUUGUUCAACUUCCCGUGAUACAGCUGAAGGUCUUGUGAGACGUAUAUUUAAAAAUGAUCAAGGUGGAUUAUUAGGAAGCUCUGAUUGUCUCGAAAUUCCAUGUCCAUGUGAUGAACCUGGUAUUUUGGGACCAUUUUAUGAUUUCAAUUUAUAUAUUAGCAAGAGGCCAGAAAAAUGUAAGACUAAAGAAUUUUAUUUGCAAGUCAAUACCUCCAAUUCAGAUCGGAAAAUAGUUAAUCAUUCAGGACGUAGUACCUGUUUGACAUGGCUGUUUCAGAGUGGACUAACUGAAAAACAAAUUAUGGAUAUUUCUGGACACAAAUCAUUGAAAGCAUUAUCAUCAACUGAUAUCAAUGAAAUAAACAAUCAAGCUGUUAAUAACAAGAACACAAUUAUUGAUUUAGAAGAUUCUUAUGAAUUGCCAAAAGAAAAUGAUGAUUCUACAAGCGAAAUUACUCAAGUAAUUGAAGGUGCAUCUAUGGAUUUAAAUUCUGAGAUAAUUAACAAAUUAAAUGAUAAACUUAUUGAUAAUUUCAAUUCAAAUUGUAGCAAAAGGAUGGGAGGUAUCAAUAAGAUUGAUAAACAUUACUCGAAUAAACCAUUCAAAAGACCCAAAUUUCUUGAUUCUACUAAUAAUUAUGAUAACAGAAAAACUGUAAUUAAGAAAAUAUCAUAUAAAAACUGUAAUUUUACUAUAAAUAAUAGCGAUUAA